CGUACUUAACACUUUAACAGUAAUUCAUUAAACAUAUUUUAAUAAAUAAUAUUAAUUAAUAGUAAUUAAAACAGAACGUACCAAUCACAUUCACAAGAAUAGUAAUAUCCCCAAGAUCGACUUGAUUACUUUUAUUAUACGCUUACGGUUUACACGACGUCGUGCGCGCUAUCAUUUUUAAUCCCUCAAAUGAUCAUUUUGGCGCACAGCUGCAGCUGAUGAAGUGAUGACUACCAGUGCCAUUACGAAUUUUCAAGUUGAACCUGUUCAUCGUUUGAUCGUAUUCGUGUAUUCGUGUUUCCAUAUUAUGGAUCGUCAAACUGAUUGAUCACAAACUUUAUUAUAAUUUUUCCGAUUUCCCGAGAUUGAUGUGCUGCCRCCCGGCCAAAUCACUCGUUCGAUCACACCCAUAGGUAUACCUACCAUAAUAACAUCGCCGAUCGUCGUCGAGUUCGGCCACACGUCCGUCGAUAAGGGCGACGAUGCAGUGUAACAUUCGUCAACAUUUCCUGCUGAUGUUUUGUCCACUGCCAAGUUAAAGGAACUACUUUCAUCAUGCCCAACAACGGUCACGAUCAUGAAGAACUGGUGGUUUUGCCACCAAACGCCUUGGAUAUGAGGACAACAGGAGUGAAUAACAACAACAAUAAUAAUAACAAUAAUAACAACAACCAGGCAUUCAAUGUACGAGACCGCUUGUUCUAUGCUUUGUUCUAUAAGGCCACCCUGGGGUAUGCGAGGAUUUUCCCAAGAUCUCUAAGGAGGCUUAUAGAAUUUGUAUUUUUAUUAAAGGCUGUUUUGUCAUUUUUUGUACUUGUUUAUGUKCACAUGAAUUUCUCACGAAUGCCGGCCAAUUGUUUAGACCAUGUUAAAGAUGUAUGGCCUAGAGAUGGUAUACUCCGAGUGGAGAUAAUUCGAAGUUACCAACGUAGUCAUGCAGAACAAUUAGGGACUUUAAAUGAAUUGUUCACAGUUGAAAAAUCAUAUGAACGUGAAUAUAAAUUAAAACGUCUGGAUGCAAGUGAUGAAAAUGCAUCAUUGUUCAACCGCUUCACUAAAACUAAUAACCCCGAGAACAAAGGAGAGGUUGAUAUUGAACCAUCUACAGAAGAGUUAGUUGAAAAUAAAUUUCAAGAGACAUCUCAAAAUGAAAAAAAAGAAAUUUUUAGCACUACUACUAAGGCAAAUCGUCAUACCACUAGUAAAUCAAAUUUUUCAGUAGAUGAAGACUCAGCACAAUUUCGUUCUACCAAGUAUCCAAACAGUUCUAUUAGAGGUGUAUUGGGAAUCGAUACUAGUUCAUUAUUCCAGUCGACAAGUACUACAUCACCUCCGAUUGAUGAAAAUGAUGUAAUAUUUUACGAGAAUUACAUUGUUGAAUAUUCAUUGGAGUACGGAUUCUUGCGUUUGUCGCCCAAUGCUAGAAAUCGAUUAGGUAUUCCUGUUAUKCUAGUAGCCUUAGAGCCUACUCGGAACAAGUGUUUUGGCGAUUCUAUUGGCCAGUUUUUCUUGGAGUAUUUCCUUGGCUACGAUGAUUUACUGAUGUCUUCCGUUAAAUCACUAGCUGAAAAUGAACAAAACAAAGGAUUUCUGAGAAACGUCAUUACUGGGGAACAUUACAGAUUUGUGAGCAUUUGGAUGGCUAGAACGUCAUAUAUUGCAUCAUUCUUUAUAAUGGUUGUGUUUACUGUAUCGAUUUCAAUGCUCUUGAGGUACUCACACCAUCAGAUAUUUGUUUUCAUAGUGGAUUUAUUGCAGCUAUUAGAUUUUCACGGUUCGCUCUCUUUCCCGGCGGCGCCUCUUUUGACCGUUAUACUGGCUCUGGUCGGCAUGGAGGCCAUAAUGUCGGAAUUUUUCAACGACACCACCACGGCGUUUUAUAUCAUAUUGAUCGUCUGGGUAGCUGAUCAAUAUGAUACCAUAUGCAGCCAUUGUCCGAUCACGAAAAGGCAUUGGCUAAAGUUUUUCUAUCUGUACCACUUUUCGUUCUACGCUUACCAUUAUCGGUUCAACGGUCAGUAUAGCAAUUUGGCUCUCAUCUGUUCGUGGUUUUUUAUUCAGCAUUCCAUGGUUUAUUUUUAUCACCACUAUGAGUUGCCGUAUGUGCUGCAGCAAGCUCAACUGCAGCAGGUGAUCAUCCAGCGGCAACAGCAACAGCAUCAACAUCAGCACCAGCACCAGCCAUCCGGUGGGGAUUCAUUGCGGCCGGAAGGCAGAAGUCCGGUUGAGGUGACCAUAAGGCCAGUCCAGCAUUUCAGCCUGAUGAAUGGACUGAACAACCUGGGUCGUUUGCGGGCGGUGCUGUUACGUCGCCGGAGAGUGAGGACUUUCGAGCCUCCGCCGCCACCGACCAUGCCGACGCCCCCAGCCAACCAACAAAACACGUCKCCACAGUCUACGCGAACGCCUUCGACGAUCGACGCGACCGGAAGUGCCGAUUCGGAAAACGUUACGGCAGCGACGCCCACAACGCAAUAGUGCGCUUUAUACUCGCGAUGAGCUGCCAAACUACCUAUCAUCUAUACCUUACAUACCUAUCUUACUUACCUUAUAAUACUUUAACUACAACAACAGCAACAACUACUAUACAAUAACGAUGUUGAGGACAAUUGUUAUUACUGUUCCUAUUACCUACAGUUAUUGUAAACAAUUUUUAUAAUGCYGCGCAGAUUAUAUUAUAUUAUAAUUAACACAUUAACGCCCUAUAAUCUGUGAUACAUGAUACACGUGUGAUAAACGGUGGUGACGAAGACGAAGACAAGUAAAACUAUGUAUAUAACAAAUAUAUUUCAGGAAUUAAAACGGCGGCGGCGUAUGUAUAGCGAUCGUAUAAUAAUUUAAUAUAUUAUAUUGCUCUUGUUAUUAUUAUUACCAUUAUUUUGUACUUUAUGUUUUCUUCUUCGGAAAAUGGUUCGCGCGAAAUCUUAAUUCAUCGUUUAUUCGUUAAAUAAUAAUUUAUUAUCAUAGUGAUAUUGUGUUUAUCGUUAUUCGUUUGCAUAACCUCGUUCACGUGAUUGCGGGGUGAAACUGUCCGCUUCGUUGCUUUCGUACUUGCGGUGGCGAUGAAAGUGGCAUCGGAAAAUAUAAGUGGUGACGGAGCCCGGGAACGUUUUUCUUAUUUUAAGAUUGUAUUCGUUUUUAUUUUCACUCUACCUAGUUUGUAAAUUACGAUUGUAUAUUUUUUUUUGUUCUAUAUAGCAUUUGUAAUUAAUAUAUAUAUAUAUACAUCAUA